CUCACCCCAAACGCCUUCAAGAUGCUCCACAAAACCAACUACUCCCUUUCAUUUCCCAACUGUAAAAAAAGAUGGAGGACGAUGUCUGCGAAAUCCUGAUAAAAAAGCCACGUCCCACCACUGCAACCUCGUCGGUCACCCGUGAUCCCGACGAGGGUAGUCACGAACCCGGCGCCAACGAAUCCCACCUCCUCCAAAUCAUUAAACUCGUCAUCAGCGCCACCGCCCGCCUCAACGUCCUCCUCCCCACCGCCACAAUCCUCGCCUUCUCAAUUUUCACCCCCUUACUCACCAACGACGGCGACUGCUCUUCCCUAAACCGCUACUUGAUGGCUUCCUUCGUCCUUCUCUGCGCUGCUUCCUGCGCAUUCUUUGCCAUUACGGACAGCUUCCGCACAGCCUCCGGACGCGCUUGCUUUGGCGUGGCAACACUGUAUGGGAUAUGGACCUUUAACGCAAGAAGAAAAGGCCCUCUUGAGCCGGCGAGUUAUAGACUUAAAUGGCAAGACUUGUUUCACGCGCUGAUGUCUGUUGCAGCCUUGGUGAUUUUCGCUGGGUCCCAUAGGGAUGUUGUAGAAUGUUAUCACUCGAAAGCGCCGAAGAAGGUGAUCAAAUCGGUGCCAUUGGUGGCGGGGUUCGUGAUCAGCGUGUUGUUUGUGAUUUUCCCGUCGAAGAGGAAUGGGAUUGGGCAACCUCUCCUAUUGCAGAGGGAUAAGGUUUUCUUGAUGUUCUGAAAUAACUAUUUAUUUUGUAAUUUGUGUAAGGAAUAUUUGUUAAGGUUGUGCUGAAUAACUAUUUAUUUUGUAAUUUGUGUAAGGAAUAUUUGUUAAGGUUGUGCUUUUGCCGUUUGUAGUCCAUGCUGCUUUAGUUAAAUAUUUGAGGGUUGUAGUUCAUCUUAAUAUGUUUGUUGUUUGUUGAGAGUUUUGACUAUCAAUUAAUGAAUUUUAAAUU